AUUUAAGCUUCGGUGUAACCAUGGUGCGCUAUGGCGGCGGGGACACGGGACUGAAAGCUAAAGGAUCCGUGAAUGAGAACCAUUGGUUUGAAAAACCACCGAAAAGGGGAUUCCUAGCUAGCAAAUUCAUUGAGUUUUGCAACAGAACAGAUUUGCACGGCUACAAGUAUAUUGUUAUGGAGGAUAUUAAUUUGCCGGAAAGGAGCCUGUGGGCGCUGGCGGUGGUUUUGAGCGUCGGCGUUGCGGCGUAUUUUGUCGUCACCGCCUAUCGUUGGUACGCUCGGAACCCCAUCGUCACGGUGAUCGAGAGCACUCACGGUCCCGUCUGGGACGUGCCAUUUCCAGCUGUCACUAUUUGCGAUUUGAAUACCAUUUCUCGGAGAGCGGCAAAGGAGUUCGCCGCAAAUGUGACCCUUCCUCCGAACAUCACCGCGGAUAAUGUAUUCGAGUACCUUCGCUGGGCUCCCUUGCUCCAUUCCUCGUUUCAAGCCAACGACACACAAAAAUUGAUGUUGAGCAAGCUGCAAGAUGUGCUAGAUCUCAAUAAAAUCACAAUGGAAACACUUUUUGCAAGUAUGUCGCCAGUGUCAUCGUGCGGCCAGUUGGUACAGCGCUGCAUGUGGAAGAACACCGUGUACCGCUGCGAGAUGCUCUUCCAGCAGGUGUUCACGCAGCUCAACCUGUGCUGCGCGUUCAACUACUUCGCGGUCAACGUCUCUCUCAACACAUUGCAUGCGACCAACGAGUUGGGCAAGCAGGUGGCGCCACGCCGCGUGGCCUCUUGCGGCUACCAGACCGCACUCACCGUGCUCAUCAACACCGCGCCUGACGACUACUACAGCUCCGCGGUAGCCUCGCAGGGCGCGCUGGUGUUAAUAGAUGACUCGUACAACUUGCCGGACCUGGACUCGCAGGCGCGCAUGGUCAACCCAUCCACGGAGGUGCUGAUAUCGCUAUCGCCCGAACGCACAUACGCCACGCCUGGCAUCAAGUCCUUCCUGCCGGAACGACGGCAGUGCUACUACAACGACGAGCUUCAAAUUAGCCAGUUCCGCCACUACUCUUACCAUAAUUGUAUGGCUUUCAAGAAGGUGCAGUACAUAAAGAAAACGUGUGAUUGUUUGCCAUUCUACUUUCCAACUACAGAUGAUCAUCGAAAAUGUAAUUUUAAGGACUUGGACUGCUUAGAAAAAAUAGGGUCAACAAACGAAAGCGAGCCCGAGCCAUACAACGUGAUGCAGUGCUUGCCGGAGUGCGAGCAUUACGACUACCCUUUGGAAGUGGCCCUGGGCAUGCUGGCAAAGCAAGCCAAACUGAAUGGGAUCGCAUUUUUUAACGACGUCAAUUUGGACAACCGCUCGCUCCUGAAUGUGUUCUUCAACGACUUGGUCUCGACCAGAUACCGGCGAGAUGUUUAUUUAAACUGGCAGAAUAUUCUCGCUUCGUUCGGCGGCCUACUCAGUCUGAUGCUCGGCUUCACACUAAUAUCCGGUUUUGAUCUUAUUAUAUUCUUCACCUUCAGAAUAGCUUAUGAUGCAUUGAAAACAAUUUCGUCCAAUGAAAACCUGAAACAAGACUACACCAGCAAACGCAGAGAGCCAUCUAUCGCCACGAAAGACUUCUAUGUUGGAAAACCAGUGGAAUGGGAAACGGAAAGACGUUAUGGAAAUGUAAAGUACUGAAAA